AUGAUGGAAAAUACAUAUAUACCAAACAACCCGAGCUACGCUGAGAUGUGGCGGGGGAGCCCGACGAAGAGCCUGCAGUCCGAUGUCUCGCGCUCCCCUAUCGAGGUUACCAUGAACAAUUAUUCCAUGUCUCCCAUUGACUUAGAGCCGCUCUCAAACAUCUUUUCCUUCUCCCCCUGCGGACCAGCAUACAAAGAAUACACCGUGUUCAAGGAAAAAUCCUAUGAUAUAGCCGAUGCCUUGUUGUCGCUGAAGCAUGCUGUAGUGCACCCUCAGUUUAGCGGCCCUCUCUCUCCUUUGUCACCUCCAAUGCCUGCUCCUCAUUUCAGUCCGCCGGGUUCGAAUCCAGCCAUGGGCCCGCAGGGACCGCCGUCCUUCGCUUACGCCAUGGGGCACCAUCAGGCUCAGAUGGUGCAGAAUUCGUACACUUCGGGAAGCGGUCAUUACCAUCACCAUCACCAGAUACCUUCCCAUCAACUCCAGUACACGGACCCCAGUCAGAGUCCUGCGAACCAGAACACACAAGGAUCCAUGUUCCCCUCCAUGAGUGUGAAUGUGUCCAUGAGUAUGAACGUUGGUAUGCCCCCAAACCAGUACCCAAUGCCUAACCAGUGGACAGCGCAAGGCACGCCGGCGCCUUACCCCCACCACAGCGGUCCGGCCAGCCCCCUGCAGCACCAGUACAACGGGUACGGGUCACAGAACCACCCGUACCACGGUUACGGACCGUCCUAUUCCUUCUCCUCGGAAUUCCGCAAUAUCCCCGAGGGUAGGAAUGUCUUCUACAAGAGUUGUGGGGAAGGAUUCAAAGAUAGUACCCGCUUCUCCGGACUUUCGGGUUUCAAGCGGACAAAAAUAUUCCCAUGCCGUCAACCACCUGCAUCGCCUUUGUCGGAAAAUGGAAAAGUAAACUUAUGCCAAAUUUGCGGCAAAACGUACGCUCGACCUAGCACAUUAAAAACUCACAUGAGAACGCAUUCGGGAGAAAAACCGUACAAGUGUAGCACAUGUAACAAGUCAUUCUCACAGGCUGCCAAUCUAACGGCUCACAUUAGAACACACAGUGGUGAGAAACCGUUCCGCUGUCCGAUCUGUGACCGUCGGUUUUCUCAGAGUUCGUCAGUGACCACUCACAUGAGAACGCACUCUGGGGAGAGGCCGUACCGCUGCCGGAUGUGCAAAAAGGCAUUCUCGGACAGUUCCACUCUUACCAAGCAUCUCCGAAUCCACAGCGGUGAAAAACCGUACCAAUGCAAACUUUGUCUCCUUCGAUUUUCACAGUCCGGAAAUCUCAACAGGCAUAUGCGCGUGCACGCCACGAAUAAUGUCUGA